AUGGCGUCUUCAUCUGAAACAGCAGAUUAUGUUGAAUCAAAUAAAGAAGAUAUUAAAAUUGAUAGUGUAGAAUGUGUUACUAAUGAAAGUGAAGAUAACUCCACACCUGGUACACAAGAAAAUGAUCCUGGUGGAUGUCUAACAGACACUGGUAAAAUAGUUGUACAAGAAACAGAUAAAAGUAAUGCUGAGAAAGUGGAUUUUAAAAUUAUAUAUAAUAAAUCGAAAUAUGAUGUUAGUUUUUCUUUAGAUGAGACUAUACAUCAACUUAAACAACAUGUACAAGGAUUAACAGGAGUUCCUCAUGCUAUGCAAAAACUAAUGUACAGGGGUCUUGCCAAAGAUGAAUGCACACUACGUCAAUUAAAUGUUACAAAGGGAGCUAAAAUUAUGGUAGUAGGAUCCACUUUAAAUGAUGUAUUAUCUGUCAGUGCACCAUCUAAACAGGAACUUGCUGAGGCAGCCAAAGCUGAAGCCUCAAGUAAAGAACCUUUAAGUGAAAUGAAGCAACACAAAAAAGUUUUAGAAAAAUAUGGCAAACCUGAAGAUGCCAAUCCCGGUGUUAAAAAUCGUAAAGAUCCAUUGCCCCAUGUCCCCUUAUCAGGAAUGUAUAAUAAAUCUGGUGGUAAGGUUAGAUUAACAUUUAAACUAGAAUCUGAUCAACUCUGGAUUGGAACAAAAGAAAGAACAGAUAAAAUACCUAUGAACUCAAUAAAAGCUGUAGUCAGUGAACCUAUUAAAGGCCAUGAAGAAUAUCACUUAAUGGGAAUUCAACUUGGACCUACUGAAGCUUCUAGACUCUGGAUUUAUUGGGUUCCUGCACAAUAUGUUGAUUCCGUCAAAGAUGCCAUAUUAGGAAAAUGGCAAUUUUUCUGAUUGUCAAAGACUGUUAUAGUGCUUUGUGUAUUUCUAUCAAAAAUGUUUGUAGCUAAAGCUACUCAGUUCAAUUGAUUCAUCUUCAAAUUUCCAAGAGUCAUUUACAACUUAUAGUUCUAAAUGAAGUCCUAAAACUUCCGCUUGACAAUGUCAUUUCUUGAUGGGGAUUUUAAUAUUGCAGACAAGGCCAUGUUCUUAUCCCUUCAAUACAUCUUUCACAACUUACUAAAUAAAUUACAUUUAUUCUAGUAAUAUAACUCUCUGAACUGAAUUGAUGAGUUUGAAAAAUGAUUGUUCAAUCUUCAGGUAAACUUUAAACUUAUUAUGACCUGGAAAUUUGAUGAUGUUUGAUGGGAUUAUGUUUGAAUAAUACAGCAUGAAGUGAGGGAGAUGGAAUCUCCAUAAAAACUUCUUUCUUUCGUUUACAUUUUUCUCUCAAAUCAUAGCAAGCUCUCCCUCGUUAUCUAUUAUCAACUGUCUCACAUUUGUCAGUUAAUCAAAUUUUACCAAUUAUUUUAAGUGAAAGGGAAUAUUAGCUUCAAGAUAAUACUGAUAGACUUUAAUGAAAAUAUAAACAUGGCACAUUUUUAAUUGUGACAAUUUUCAGUUGAAUGAUAAGAUGGAAAUGUGUUUAUGUUAAACUAAUAAUUGUAAAAAUGAAUAUAUUAUAAAUGCAAAGUAAUUGUAAGACUAUAAGUACUGUUCUGAAGAUAUUAUCCUGAUUCACAUGCUCAGUUAAAUUGGAUUGACUGACAACAGUGUGAGGUCAAAAAAAUGAAUGGAGUUUUACAUCCUGCUUUUCUGAGUGUGAGGUCAAUACACAGUAGCAAUAGUAUUUAUAUUUUAUACAGAUAUUCUGUUGCCUGUCGAAAAUCUUUUGAUAAUUUGUUCCUAUUUUUGUAUUUUAAUGUUAAAGUUCUGCUUAAAAGCUUUUAGGAUAUCAUUGAAAUGUUAUGUAAAUGAAUGUUUGAUUUCUUGUUUAACACCUACAAUGAAUGUAGGAGCAAUUGUCAUAGGACUUCUAUGAUAUUUUCUGUCUUUUUUUUGGCCAUUGCAGCUGAAAUGAAAAGUAGAAGAAUGAAAUAAAUUUGAAGAGUUCUAUAUUCUGUGACACAGGGAUCUCUAAUUUAGCCCCUUCAGCUACAAAAAUAAGUCGCCACUACCGUCGAUUUCUUUUCAGCCAGAACCUGCUAAUUGUGCUAGAUUCCAGUCAGGUACCUUAUGAUCAUCACAAAACCUCAAUUAAUUUAUAAACUGAUAACUUUUAAUUAAGUCUACUUUAAUUGUUAAAACAUCUUUCAUAUGUAAAUAUCAAACUUAAAUGGUAUUUACAGAUACAAAAUCACCCUUUAAAUAUUACCUCUACCAGCUAAUGAGUGAAUGGUAUUGAUCUGUGGUCCUUUUCAAUAUUCAAAUCCUCCAUCUGAUUUUCAUGCAAUUUGACAAUAUUAUGUACCUUGGAAGUUCACUAAUCUCUUCCAGGAUGUGAUCAACAAGAAGUUAUAGUCAAUGACGUCCUUAUAAUGCUUAUAUGCUUAAAUAUGAGAUUGUUAUAAUGUUGCCAAAAUCCAAACGGAUUAAAGUUUGGAAGGUGAUACUGAUAGCUUCAAUUCAACUGUUAUAAGCUGGUUGAGGAAAUACUCAAUUGAAUCCUUUUAAUUUUAAUACAUAUACAUUUAUAUAUACAUGAUUUAUUUUCUGGUACAUCAUGUACCAAAUACUAUGGAGUUUAGAACCGAAACCAAAAUAAAAUGAAAUUAUACAGUUUGACUGUGAUUUAUUGUUGAAUUAUAAAGAAAUAUUGUUUGUCCCAUGCUAAUAAUAGGAUAAAGAAAUUCCAUCCA